UCUCCAUUCUCCAACUCUCAGCAGCUCCCAUAUGAUAUGAUGAGUGAUCCAAAAUAAUUUCAUCUUAACAGUGAGCUGUCACUCAACUGAACCUCGGCUGGCGUUGUUAACCAUUGUCUCCCCUUCAACACCAAAAACCCUUCCUUCUUUCUAUUUCUCACCGCCUUUAAUUAUCUUACCCUACUACAUUCAUCUCUUCCAAUCAUUCUAUUUCUAUUACUAGAUUGCAAGAUCUGCUUCCUUCAAAUUCUCCUCACCUCUUCAAAGCUUUUAACUUUUAAACCCCGAUUUGAUUUCUUUCUCUAACUUUACAACAUUGUCUUUUUCUUUUCCCUACAAACAUGAAAGAUUCAGAUAAACUAAUCUGGACUCCUAAAUCUGCCGUCGGCACCCCUCUUUCCAAUGGAGGUGUAGUAACAACAACAACAACAACAACUACACAAUCCAAAAUCUCCCACAAGCUUCUCCUCUUACUCAUCCUCUUCGUUUCAAUUACCUACGUUGUCUACUCGCUCAAACUCGUUUCCACUUCACGCGCUUGCAUAGACACUCCAUUCUCCACCGACACACUCUCAACUCUUCCACUCAUCAAUGCAACCUCAACCACCUCCGCCAUCCGCCUCGUUACUCAACAAACCACCACUGACAACAAAACGGUGCUCCGGCACGUUGUUUUCGGAAUCGCGGCGUCGGCCAAGCUAUGGGAGCAAAGAAAAAACUACAUCAAGCUAUGGUACAGAGCAAAGGAAAUGCGUGGUGUAGUAUGGCUAGACAACAAGGUUAAAACCCAAAAGAACGAAAGUCGGCUCCCGCCGGUGAGAAUCUCCGGCGACACUUCAAAAUUCGCUUAUAAAAACAAACAAGGUCACCGUUCCGCAAUCCGAAUCUCACGAAUCGUAUCGGAAACACUCCGGCUCGGAAUGAAAGAUGUACGGUGGUUCGUCAUGGGUGACGAUGAUACCGUCUUCGUCACCGAAAAUUUGAUUAGGAUUCUAAGAAAAUACGAUCAUAAUCAAUUUUAUUACAUUGGAAGUUUAUCUGAAAGUCAUUUGCAGAAUAUUUUCUUUUCCUAUGGUAUGGCUUAUGGUGGUGGUGGAUUUGCUAUAAGCUAUCCUUUGGCGAAAGCGCUUCACAAAAUGCAGGAUCGGUGUAUUCAACGGUAUCCAGGAUUGUAUGGCUCAGAUGAUAGAAUGCAUGCUUGUAUGGCUGAACUCGGUGUUCCACUCACUAAAGAAACGGGGUUUCACCAGUAUGAUGUGUAUGGGAACCUGCUCGGUCUUCUUGCAUCGCAUCCGGUGACUCCAUUAGUGUCACUGCACCACCUUGACGUGGUUGAGCCAAUCUUCCCCAAUGUGACUCGCGUAGAAGCCCUCCAACGGUUGACAAUACCAAUGAAGCUUGACUCAGCAGGGCUCAUGCAGCAAUCCAUCUGCUACGACAAAUCAAAGCACUGGACUGUUUCUGUUUCAUGGGGUUUUGCUGUUCAGAUAUUCCGUGGCGUGUUUUCACCCCGAGAGAUGGAAAUGCCUUCAAGAACGUUCUUGAAUUGGUACAGAAGAGCAGAUUACACUGCAUAUGCAUUCAACACGCGUCCGGUUAGCCGAAAUCCAUGUCAGAAGCCUUUUGUAUUUUACUUCUCAAAGGCAAAAUACAAUGAUACAACAGAACAAACACUGACUGAAUAUGAAAGGCAUCGUGUUCCUCACCCAGAAUGCCGGUGGAAGAUGGCCAAUCCUUCUUCUGUUGACAGAGUGGAGGUAUAUAAGAAGCCAGAUCCACAUCUAUGGGAUAGAGCUCCAAGGAGAAACUGUUGCAGAGUUAUGAGGUCAAAGAAGAAAGGAACCAUGGUGAUAGAUGUGGGUAUGUGUAGGGAAAGUGAGGUAAGUGAAGCAUAGUUUCAUCAUGUCACUGUCAAAUGAAAUAUAUUAGGGAGGUGGAUCAAUCUUAUGCAUUAUCUUCUCUUGAAGCUCCAUACCAAAAUUCCUUUAUUUAUUCAUUGGGUGGCUCACUCCCACGAAGUGAAAUUUUGUAAUUCUUUCCCAGGGUUCACUGAAAAUAGGUGAGUUGAGGAAAAGUCCAUGUACAAAGAAGUUUGUAGUUUUAAACAAUUAGAUUUAUAUUAGAUGGGACAAUAACAGAAGUUUACUUUGUAUUAUCGUUGAAGAGCCAUGCUUAUUAAUAUCAUGUGCCAGUCUGCUAUUUUUACAUUCUUUAAUUAUGUUUUCAAA